AUGGAAUCAUCAUGGCGCGCCCAAAACCCGAUACCUGCUGCACUGUUGCAACCUUCCAAAUGGCUUCCACUGUACGAGGAGUUCGUGACGAAGAAUGCUAGCUCUGUGGGCCAAGUGGAGUCCGCGUUGAGGUCUCUAACAUACAUCAUCCCAGGACGAUACCGAGAUUCGGAGAUAAGCUCAGAGUGCGUGCAUUCAGGGGUACAGCUUCUGUCUCUCUACCAUGACUCUUUGGUUUCGCGAGUCAUUUCUAGGUUACCUUCAACGAUCCCGCGGCCUACACCAUCACCUCAUGCGCGCUACACGAAGUAUUGGACCUCCCACUCUUCACUGUAUCAGAGGAUCGCCAUCGCACUACAGAUGAUUCAGUAUACGGAACUGCUGUGGGAGAUGGCGGCUCGGCGUCGUGGCGAGAAGGUGCGCUGGCGUGUCAUCGUCCUAAUCGAAGCCGCUAAGGCCAUCUGUCGCCUGUUGCUCCUUCGUCUCACCAACUCUAGACCAUUAGUCAGUCCCCCACUUCCUGAACGGGAAGUAGAUCCCAGAUCGCUAGAAGAGGAGGACAAUAGCGACUGGAAUGGCAUGCAGACACCUGUUAGCGAAAAGUCGUCGGAUUUGUGCUGGACUAUGCCUCGCACUGGCCUGUCGCUUCCUUCUUUGCCUAAUGUGGACGACCUUUCGAACUACUUGAUAUCUAAAGUUCUUACGGCCGACGAUAUCAAGCCACCGAAGACGCUGUUGCACCGAGUCACUGGCCAGGGCCAAUUCGCUGAGAUUCUAUACAUCCUCCGACCAGUAGUCUAUGCGCUUAUGCUGCAACGAUACUGCAAAGACAGGCGGAGUUGGAAACCCUGGCUUAUCGGGUUCGGCAUGGAGUAUGGCUGUCGACAACUAGCCAAAGCUGAUCUUCGCGAAAGAGUUGCAGGCGGCCUUCGGGGAUUGACCGGGCUGGAGCGGGAGGAACUGAAGAAGAGAGGUUGGGCGAUGGGUUGGUGGUUUAUGCGUGGGGCCUUCUAUGAAAACAUUACCAAAUCCUGGUUGAAAGGCCUGACCGGCAAGAUGAGGGGCAAACCUCUGCUUGAUUUGGUAGGCAGCGUCAUUGACGAUUACGAGUAUCUUUGGGACAACUACUACUUUGCGACUACAACACUGUGA